UUACGGUGGUCAAAAUUACCGCGGUACCUGCGGCCUCCCACAAUCCCCCGCACCCGCUCAGCCGCUGUAGAGAAGCCGCAAUGUCGGCCGCGCUGGUGCGUCGCGGCCUGGAGCUGCUGCAGGCUGAGGACGACGCGGCCCCGCGGGCCUCCACGGCGUCGCGCAAGGGGAAAACGAAGUCUUCUGAACAUUCAGUUCAAAGCAUUGCAAAGAAAAGCAAAACCAAUAAGAAACUACAAAAGAAACGGAUGCGUAACCAACCAACAGUAAAAAAUAAAAGUGUAAAAUCUGCCAUCGAGGAAUAUAAACGCAAACAAAAUGCCAAUCCCUAUAAAACGAAUUUGCAGUACCUGCUGAAGAACCAGUCAUCUUCUACAAAAAAAAUUACACAAAAGAUCCUGGCGCAAAACCGAGGAAGAAAAGCCAAAGACAAACCUGUAGAUGGGAAGAAGCCUAAAAUUAAGAAGAGUCUCUUUUCUGAUGCAUUAUUCAGGAUGUUUCAAAAGGAAUAUUUUGGCAAAUAAAUGUGUUUUUGUAAGAUUUGUUUUCUCCCUCUCUUGGUAUUGGACAUUCAGUACCCGAGUUAUUGUUUCAUGCAUUCCCAAUAAUAAAUAAAGGACAAAGCAAUCUAGAAUGUUCCACUUGUUUGAGUAUACUCAAAAUAGAUGAAAGCAGCAACACCAUUCCCUGGUAUAUCCAACAAUAUAUGGCCUAGAAGUUUGAACCCCCCUCUUAUAAUGAAAACCACUCGAUGGAUCAUAUGUAAUAACACUAUGGGGACCUCAUUUGCCAGUAAAAAUAUGAUAAUUGGUUCUUUACCCUUCUAUCUGGCAACAAAACUGACACCUUUUUGCAAGGAGUCAUGUUUGCAUAGACCGCAAUACCUGCAGUCAUAACACAAACAAAAGAACAUAACUCUGAUAAUGUGCACUGUCCUUGAAGUUGAUUGGUCCACACCCGAGACAGCUUUCCUUCGAGCCUAGUCUCAUAUGGGUUGGACCAGAUGACGCCAAAAGGCGCAGUUUUUAUUAAAAUGAUUAAAUGUUUUUGAAAUGUCGAAUACAUGUUUUAAUAAAUUGUAAAUAUCGAUGU